AAUUAACAAAAGCCACGGCUGAAAAGUACCGAAAGUCCCCACUCCCACCUCUCCGCUCUCCGGGCUCCGCAGAGCUAGAGGCUCUAAUUCGCUCUCCCGAGUCAUCGCUGCCGGCUUCUCUUUCCACCAAAUUUGCCCCGUAUUCUUUCAUCUGCUACUUGAUGACUUGAAAUUUGUACCGAAAAAAAAGAGGGAAUUUUCGAACUUGAGAUGAUGGAAGCUGUUUCUUUUGCAAUCGGAGGAAGUAAAACAUUCUGUAUACCGAGUUCCAGGAGAAGAAGAAGGGGCGUCUGUUCGAUCAAUCCCAUAUAUAACCAAAUCUCAUUUUCCUCUUUACCUCGCAAACCAUUCCAUUACUCGCUUAAUUCUCCGUCACUGCGAUACUGGGCGAUCCAUUGUGUUGCUCAGAGCCAAGACAAUCGUCAUCACGAUGACCACGAUCAUCACCACAGUCACCAUCAACACAGUGACAAUCACCAUCACCACCACCACGGCCAUCAUCAUCACGGCGAGGAUGCCAAGCUAAAUAAAUCACAGGAAGCCGUUCUCCGCUUCGCUAAAACAAUUGGAUGGUAUGACCUGGCUAAUUUCCUUCGGGAGCAUUUGCAGUUGUGCUGCUGUUCGACGGCUUUGCUUCUUGCUGCCGCUUCUUGCCCAUAUUUACUCCCCAAACCGACAGUGAAACCUCUUCAGAAUGCCUUCAUCGUCAUCGCCUUUCCUCUUGUUGGAGUCUCAGCAGCACUUGAUGCUCUUACUGAUAUUACUGCUGGCAGAGUGAACAUUCAUGUCCUCAUGGCUCUUGCUGCCUUUGCAUCCGUAUUCAUGGGGAACUCCUUGGAAGGAGGCCUACUUCUUGCUAUGUUUAAUCUGGCCCAUAUUGCUGAAGAAUAUUUCACAAGUCGCUCAAUGGUUGAUGUCAAGGAGUUGAAAGAGAACUAUCCGGAUUUUGUUCUUGUCCUGGAAGUGGAAGGUGACAAAGUGCCUCGUUUUUCAGAUUUAUCAUACAAAAGAGUUCCUGUGCAUGACCUAGAAGUGGGCUCAUAUAUCUUGGUCAGAGCUGGUGAGUCGGUGCCUGUAGAUGGUGAAGUUUUACAAGGGAGAUCGACAAUUACCAUUGAACACUUGACUGGGGAAGCCAAACCAAUAGAGAGGAAAGCUGGGGAUAGAAUUCCUGGUGGUGCAAGGAACUUAGAUGGAAUGAUGAUAGUCAAGGCAACUAAAAGAUGGAAGGAAUCAACAUUGAGCAGAAUUGUGCAACUCACAGAAGAAGCACAACUAAAUAAACCAAAGUUACAAAGGUGGCUGGAUGAAUUUGGUGAGCGCUACAGCAAGGUUGUUGUGGCUCUAUCUCUUGCAGUUGCUCUUGUUGGGCCAUUUCUUUUCAAGUGGCCCUUUAUUGGCACAUCAGUUUGCCGAGGAUCGGUUUACCGGGCAUUAGGGCUUAUGGUGGCAGCAUCACCAUGUGCACUGGCUGUAGCUCCUUUGGCAUAUGCUACUGCAAUAAGUGCCUGUGCAAGUAAGGGAAUAUUGCUUAAGGGUGGGCAAGUAUUAGAUGCUCUGGCAUCUUGUCACACUGUUGCAUUUGAUAAAACUGGGACAUUGACAACUGGGGAGCUUAUGUGCAAAGCAAUUGAGCCAAUACAUGGACAUUCAGUAGGAAGGGAUAAAUCAGAAGUUGCUUCUUGUUGUAUCCCUAAUUGUGAAAAAGAAGCUCUUGCUGUAGCUGCUGCCAUGGAGAAAGGGACUACCCACCCUAUUGGGAGAGCUGUUGUAGACCACAGUAUAGGCAAAGACCUUCCUUCUGUUUCGGUUGAAAGUUUUGAGAGUUUACCGGGUAGAGGCCUUUUUGCGACGUUGACCGGCAUUGAGUCAGGAAUAGUUGGUAGUAAGCCCUUGAAGGCUUCACUUGGUUCUUUGGAGUACAUUAUGUCACUUUGUAAGUCUGAGGAUGAGUCAAGAAAGAUAAAGGAAGCUGUGAACUCAUCUGCUUAUGGAAGUGAAUUUGUUCAAGCUGCUCUAUCUGUCAAUAAAAAGGUAACAUUGUUCCAUUUUGUGGAUAAGCCUAGAUCAGGUGGUGCAGAUGUCAUAGCUGCAUUAAAAGAUCAGGCAAAGCUUCGUAUAAUGAUGUUAACUGGUGAUCAUGAAUCAAUUGCAUGGAGAGUUGCAAAUUCUGUGGGCAUCAAUGAAGUCUACAGUGGCUUGAAGCCUGAGGAUAAGCUCAAUCAAGUUAAAACCAUCUCAAGAGAUGCAGGAGGAGGUUUGAUAAUGGUAGGUGAUGGUAUCAAUGAUGCACCAGCACUUGCUGCUGCAACUGUGGGUAUAGUACUUGCUCAACGUGCCAGUGCAACUGCUAUAGCUGUUGCAGAUGUUCUGUUGUUGCAGGAUAAUAUUUCUGGUGUACCAUUUUGCAUUGCUAAAGCUCGUCAAACAACAUCACUGGUCAAGCAAAGUGUGGUUCUUGCUCUAUCUUGCAUUGUUUUUGCUUCUCUUCCAUCUGUUUUGGGUUUCCUCCCACUGUGGUUGACGGUUCUUUUGCAUGAAGGUGGCACACUUCUUGUUUGCCUCAAUUCAAUUCGUGCCCUAAAUGACCCUACUUGGUCCUGGAAGCAGGAUCUGCAACACAUACUUGACAGAUUAAAAUCUACAAUAUCUUGUUUCUGUAGAAGACUUCCCACCUCGAGCACCAUACAAGCUACACCCUUGUAAGUUGUAACAUGUAUUUAUUGGUAACUGUGCUACAUUACUUGAGUAUGGUGUGUAUAAAAAAUAAAUAAAGUACCAAUAACUUACCAUUUGAUGUACUUCUUGAAGCAAUUUGUUUACUUGUAGAUGGAAGUUGAUAAAAGGUGUAUUUAUCAAAAGAAAAAGGUUGAUAGAUCUAAUGAGUUUCCUUUUUCAAGUUCCAAUAGAUGUCUCAUUCUCCCUAA